AGAAACUACAUUAUAGGCGGACCCACACUAUACGCAGUUUCUGAACAAUAAUUACUAUCAAUUUCUAGUGGUGUGAACUGUAGACUUCGGAGUCUUCUUUAUUGAUUUCCUGAAGUGAAGAUUUAACACAGUUUCCAUCACUCCUUUCCUUUACCCACUUCUCUAUAGUCGCACCUCUCUUGUGAACAUUUAUCACACAUACAGAGGAGAUGACCACUUCUUCCAUGGCCAGCUUACAAGGAGUUUCUUCCUCGCUCUCUUCCGCUUCAACUUCUUCCAUCCAUCCGUGGAGUUACGAUGUAUUCUUGAGCUUUAGAGGUAAAGAUGUUCGCCAAAAAUUUAUUUCUCAUCUAUACAAUGCUUUGGAUAAAAGGGGAAUCAGCACUUACAUAGACAAUGAGCUUGAAAGAGGAGAGGAAAUUUCACAAGCACUUUUCCAAGCUAUCGAAGGGUCAAUGAUUUCUAUUAUCGUACUCUCUAGAAACUAUGCAGAAUCUAAAUGGUGCUUAAACGAGAUAUUGAAGAUCCUUGAGUGUGUGAGAACAAUAAAACAAAUUGUUCUACCAAUAUUUUACGAUGUAGAUCCAUCAGAUGUAAGACAUCAAAAAAAAAAAUUUGGAGAAGCAUUUUCUAAACUUAAAGGUAGGUCCGAGGGCAAGGUAGAACUAGUGCUGAAGUGGGAGGCAGCAUUAGAAGAACUAGCCAAUAUGUCGGGGCUCGAAUUAAAGAAUUACAGGAAAGAGUCAGAACUUAUCCAGGAAAUCAUUCGAUGGGUGGACUUUAGAGUGGUAAACCAUACACCUCUAAGCGUUGCCAAGUAUCCAAUUGGGUUAGAGUCUCGUAUACAAGACAUUUAUCAGCAUUUAAGUAUUGGAAAGAAUGAUAUUGUAUGCAUGCUAGGGAUAUUUGGGACCGGUGGAAUUGGUAAGACAACUAUUUCAAAAGAUAUCUAUAACCGGAUUUCUUCUCAAUUUGAAGGAAGUUGUUUCUUGAAAAACAUUAGAGAAACUUCAAAACGAGCAGGAGGUGUAAUUCAGCUGCAAAAUACACUUCUUUCUACGAUCUUGGGAAUAAGUUUUGAUGUUAGUGAUAUUGACAAAGGCAUCAAUGUGAUUAGGCAUAGACUUUGCUCUAAAAGGGUUCUCUUAAUUCUUGAUGAUGUGGAUGAGUUGGUCCAAAUAGAAAAGUUAGCUGGAGAUCGUGCUUGGUUUGGUUCAGGAAGUAGAAUCAUUAUAACAACAAGAGAUCAACAAUUAUUAAAAAUCUCUGAAGUUGAUUCGGAAUACAAGUUGAAAAUUUUGGAUGACAAUGAAGCUCUUCGGCUCUUUAGCUUGCAUGCUUUUAAGAAAGACGAACCACUCGACGAUUAUGUGGAACUCUCUAAACAAGUAAUAAAAUAUGCUCAGGGUCUUCCACUAGCUCUAAUAGUGCUAGGUUCAGAUCUAAAAGGUCAAAGUAUAUAUCAAUGGAAAAGUGCAAUGGAUAAAUAUAAAAGCUUUCCUAACAGAAAUAUUCAAAAAGUACUCUUAGUGAGCUAUGAAGGAUUGGAUGAUACUGAGAGGGAAAUGUUCCUUGAUAUUGCAUUUUUCUUUAAAGGAGAAUCUUUUGCUGGUGUCAUAAAAAUAUUUGAUAGUUGUGGUUUUUCUCCCGUUCAUGGUAUCCAAAGGCUUAUAGACAAGUGUCUUAUUACUAUUGAAGAUGAAUAUGUUCUGAUGCAUGACUUGCUACAAAAUAUGGGUCGAGAAAUUGUUCGACUAGAAUCACCCAAAGAGCCGAGCAAACGUAGUAGAUUGUGGUUUCAUGAGGAUAUCUGUGAAGUGUUGGAAGAAAGUACGGGUACAAACAAAAUCGAAGGCAUGAUAAUAGAUAUGCCUGAAGGCGAGGACGUGAUUAGGUUGAGUCCCAAAGCAUUUGUACAGAUGAAAGGACUUAGAGUGUUUAUCAAUCGUAAUGCAAGUUUUUCAAGUGGACCUAAUUAUCUCUCCAACAAGUUAAGAGUUCUUGAUUGGUUUGAAUAUCCUCUUCAAUCUUUGCCACCCAAUUUUCUUGGAAAUAGGCUCAUUAUAUUGAAAAUGCGUGGUAGCUUCUUGAAGGAGUUAGGCAUGGGAUUCAAGUUUAAGAAUGUGACAACUAUAACUUUUGAUGAAUGCAACUUCUUAACAAAAAUCUCGGAUCUUUCAAGCAUCUCAAAUUUGAAGGAAUUGAAUGUCAGAAGGUGUACAAGUUUAGUUGAGGUGCAUGAUUCCGUCGGACACCUGGAUAAUCUUUCUCAUUUGAGUUUUUUUGAUUGCUCUAACCUCGAAAUUUUUCCAACAAGUCUCAAGUUGAGAUCUUUACACUACCUUGAUCUUCGUGGUUGCUCAAGCUUUCGUGACUUUCCUAAAAUCGAGUGUGAAAUGAGAUAUUUACAUACAUUGAAUCUAGCUGGCACUGUAGUGGAAGAACUACCUGUAUCCAUUGGAAACCUCACUGGACUUGAUCAUUUAAUUCUAAGUGGUUGCAAAAACCUUAUGCGUCUCCCAAUUAACAGCAUUCUUCAAAUGCAACAUUUAAGCCAGCUUGGGAUUGGUGGUUGUACAAAUCUGGUAAAGAAGAUGGGGGAUGAUAGACAAUCCAUUCUAGCUACUGAUUCUACUAGAAUGGAAGAUGAGAUAUCAUCGAGUCAUGAAGAACAAGUCCAUGAAUUGGCGCCUCCAAUGAAUUCACGCAAUGGGAGCAGUGCAUUACAAGUGUUGAAUCUUCAAAAUUGUUUCCAAUCAAAAUCAAGUUUCUUUCCAAUAUCAAGUUUCUUUAUCGUGUUUAAUUCCUCAGCCACUUUGAAAUUUUUAUAUCUAUCGAAAAGUGAAUUUGAUAGUCUUCCCACAAGCAUCAAAGGAUUUGUUGCACUCAAUUACCUCUACAUGUGGGAUUGCAAGAAACUUGAAGAAGUCUUAGAACUUCCACCAAAUAUAAGAUUUGUAAAUGUUCAGGGAUGCAAGUCGUUAGAAAGAUUUCCAGAAGUAUCAAGAAUAUUGGAAUUCAAUGGAAGCCACAUCAGAUCGCUACAACAGAUUAAUAUUUGUGGCUGCGACAAAAUGCAUGAGAAGAUUUGGAAUUAUAAAGUGCCAAAUUCAUUACUAUGGAAGGGACACUAUGAUGCCACUGUGUUUCCAGAAAAUGAGAUUCCAGGGUGGUUUCGGUAUCAAAAAGAGUUUUUAGAAAAUGAAAUUGUUAAGAGAGGGGAUAAUGAUUUCCAACUGAGGAAAAAUGAAGAAUGGGUAAUAAAUAUUGAGGGGCCACACUAUUUGAAGGAUAUAAGUGGAAUUGUAGUAUAUGCAGUUGUGUUUUAUAAAGAAGCUAACUACAUGGAUACCAUUGAAGAUGUUGAGAUAACAAGCAAUAGUUCCAAUCAUGUAUGCCGUAUCAAUCUUUCUGAAGGGGUAAGUUUGCAUCAUAAUAAUACAACUGAAGUUGGAGGCAAAUAUUAUGUACGGGUGAGCUACUCCGAUUUAGAAUCGUUUAAGGUAAAGGUUUUGGAGAAUUUGAGAGUUCAACUUCGUACUGAUUGGGCUUCUUUUCGGGUACCGUAUUAUAGAAGUUGGGGAGCCAAUAUUAUAUACAAGAAGCAUGAAAGCAGAGCACAUAAAAGAAGAAAAAUGGAUUGAAUUAAUUAUACCCCAUUUCCUGUACGUAGCUACUAUUUCUUUGGAAUUUCAGGAAUUUGAGAACGUUGUAAUGAUUAUAUGAUAUGAGAUGAGAUGAGAAUACUUGUGAAAACAAAUAAGGUAAAACUUCCAGAUCGUGAGGUGGAGAAGGACUGUAUAGAAUGAUCCAAAACAAAUUAGCUUGUUAAUGAAACCCAAGAACUUACUGGAGGAAGUGAAGAAAUUGGUAGAAGACAAGGGAGACUCAAGAGAGGCUUUUGAGACAGCAGCUGUUCCACCAUAUGUUGCUCUUGCCGUAAGAUCUGUUGGAAAUUAUAAUUUCAAAAUAAGUAUAUAUUAUAUUUAUUAUUAAUAAUAUUUUAGAUAAUUAUUUUUGGAAGUUAUG